CUUUUCUUUUUCCAACUUCGAUCGUUUCUCCUCGGUUAGAGAUACUUUACACUUUUUAUUCUGAUUUUUAGACACAGGCAUUCCCUCGAGCAACAUAGGCUCAUAAAUAUUUUCAGUUUCUUUUUCGAUGUCAUCGUGUUUUCUUUUUCCACAUAACGUUAAAUGAUUUAUUUCGUUAAAAACUUCAGUAUCUAGUUUUUUAUCGUUAAGCUCAUUCUCAGGUUGCCUAUUGACAAGCUGUACAAAAUAAAAUGGUUAUGCUAUUGAAAUUUGUUUAAAAUCGAAUUUUACGCCGAUAGAUAACUUUCGAAAAAGUUCGUAAGCAUCCAUUUUUUCUUGAUCGCAUUUAAAUGAAAAACCAAUUUGAUCGUAUCUGUAUAAUCACGAUCGUACAUAAUACUCGUUCAAAAAGAUCAGAUUCGACGAUAUAAGAAACAUGAGUAUAUACAAUACUUGUAGCAGCGUCUCAUGUGUCCAUACAAUCAGAUCUAUCCUGUGGUUAGUCAAUAUCAAUGAUGCGACACGAGUUCUGAAUCUGAACUAUUAACGUCGAUAUGUAUGUAAAACUGUAAAACAGGUUGUGUACAGAACAACGACUCCAUCUACUACUAUCCACAUGCAUACAUACUCCUACCUAUUGGCUCAAGUGUAAACAAUAAUCAAAGUCAAAUUAAUCUUUUCAUCAAACAUGGAAAAAGACUGGAUAAAUGAUUAAUGAAACUUUUGUUCUUAAAAGUUUGUCGCGAUAUACUAUCAUCGAUACAUCGAUACCCAUGGACUGUACGAAUAAACUGGAGAUGUAUAUCCACUUUUUAUUUAUUUAAAUAAUAACAUUAAAUAUAUUCGGUGAUCGUCUUCUAAUGUUCGCGUUACGAUUGGAUAGAAUGUUUAUUAAAAAAUACAAAGUUACAAUAACUAAAGAUAUUAAACAAGAAAUAUCUAUUUACAGAGAAAGUGCAAUAAACGUAGAAAAGAAAUUGUACAUUUCACGUAUUGGUAAACAAUGUAAUAGCAAUAUAGGAGAAAUUGCAGGAGAAUUAAAGGAUGCAAAAUAUAAAAAAAAUGUUCAUGGUUCAAGAGAGAAUUCAAGAGAGACUACUUUUGAAUACGAAGAUAAUAAUUAUAAUGAAACUAAUGUUACAGAUACAAGUGACAUUCCAAUUGAAACUUUCAAAAAGUUUUCUAAUGAAAAUUUAGAGAAAUCUUUGCAGUCUGGCAAAGAUUCAGACUUGAGAUGUAAGCCUAAAAAUCAGUUAAAUUUAACUCCUGAUACUGUUUCAAGAUCAAAAUCAAGCCCCAAUAUGGAUCACUUGAACGAAGCAGCUUCAAUAAUAUCUAGUACAGAAACAAUAUCAGAUGUUUGGAAACCAGAAGUGCCUAAGACAUUAAAUGUUAUUCCACUGACACUGAAUAAUGUUACCUACAAUGGAAAUGAAUAUUUUCCAGAGAGUAAUUUAGAUGAUACAAGAGACACUCCUAAACUAGUACGUCAAGGUUCCUACGUGUUAGAUACUCCAAGUCCAAUAUUAUUGGCACACAUGCAAAUGGAGUUGGCUAAUUCAACUUAUGUUCCAUGUUCAGAAUAUGUUCCAACAUUGUGCGGAAAUGCGAAUCGACGCAAAGAAUGGAAUGUCGUACAAGCUAAAAUUGAAUGGGAGUAUGAAACCAAAAGCAAAGAAUCUGUUUCUACGAGAAACGCUGAUUCCAAUGUUGAUCGCAAAAUGUGCAAAUCCAUUUCCAUACAAGCAAAAUCUCCUGAAUCUUCCAUUGUAAUAACUCCGUCGACAAAAUCUGUCGAUUGUAUUCAAACAAUGUUAGCCAAAGAGCAUAUUGAUAAUGGCGAUAUACAAGUUGAUCAAGAUAAAAAACAUGUUGCGGAUAAUAAUAAUGAGAACGAACAAAGACUACAACCAUGGAACAAAUGUGACAACAGUUCCUGCACUUUUAAUCCAGUAUGUAAACUUGGCCGUUCUUUAGAAAAUCUAAACGAGCAAAACAACAUCUCUACGACUGAUAAAUUAAUGGAAAAACUUUCGAGAAACACGGAUAUACAAAACUCUAUUUCCAAACUGAAGUCUACUGCCGCGUCUGAUAAACUUUUAACAGUUUACAAGAAGGUACAGGAAAUGCACAAGAAGCAAAUGGCUGAAUUAAUGUUUCGCCAGCACAGAGAGCAAACGUUACUUCAAAAAGAAUUUGAAAAGCAACAGUUUCUUUUGCUAACUGAGAUCAAAAAGUCCUUUCCAGAAAUUUCAGUUUCUUUGCUUUCUGAGAAUACCCUGUCUCCUGUUUCAAUUGCUACUGAUAACGACAAGUUUUUUGAGAAUGACAAUGUGCAAAACGUUGCAAGAUUGAGAAAUAAUUUAGAGCAAGAGAAUGGAAUUGAACAUUCGCAAGAUAAUAAUAUAGAAAUAGCAACAUGUCCGUUGAAUUAUAUUUAUCCUGAAAUGAAUUAUGAUAAUAUUCCUUGUUCUACUAGACAUUCACGUACGGCUCGGUCAAUGGAGACCAAACUAUCGUCUGAUGUUGAUAAUUCUGUAACGAACAUGAGAGGAAGAGACACUGAGAUGCAAUUAAACGACGUAGAAAAUUAUAAAGAAAGAUCAUUAAAAGAAAGUGAAACGAAUAAACGUUCAAACGUUAGUCGAGAAUUAUUUCCUUUGGAUAGCAAAACUAUGCAUGUACCGAUCCCUGAUAGGACAAUAUAUGAGACUAAACACAUUAAAGCAGUAAAUGUAAUAAACGCAUACGCAAGAGGCUAUCUAGUUCGUAGAAUGAUGCGAACUGAACGUGUGAUUGCUUUAAAAAACACGUAUAAAGAAGCUUUGCAUUGCAUGCUUAAACUUCACGUUGAUGCACCUCUUAAUCGUUCAGAAUUUAAUUUCUUACAUCGGCUUCAGUUACAGUGCGACGCAGCCUCUAUGAAUAUAGUGGAGUUGUUCGCCCAAAAUCCCCAGAAAAGAAUGCAAGUAGUAGCGCAAGAUCGUGAAAUUAAACAAUCUCGCAUAGAACGUCCAACAUCAGCAAGAUCUUAUUCGUUUGCAACUCAGCGGACUUUAGCCAGGAAAAAACUAAAGGAGAUGGAAGAAUACCAACCAACUUCGUUCGUUCGUUCAUGUUCGUCUAGAUCUAGAUGUCAAACAUGGACCUCGGAUAUUAAGGAGAGGCUCAUUUCCUCAAACAUAUUAUAUCAGACCAUCAAAAGAAGUACCAGCGCAGGGACUGUGCGAAAACCAUGGCGGUAAAAUAAUACGAUAGUGCCUUCUAUUAUUGAUUUAAUGAUGUGUACAUUGCGUUAAAAAUAUGUAAACGAAAUCCACGUUGUGCCUGAAUUUUUUAAUAAAUUUAUUUUAUACGAGACUGACUUUCGUGUUCGCAUGGAUCGUUUAAGCGGUAAACAUUACGAGUUCAAUGAAACGUGAGAUUUAAAUGUAAAAUUAAAUUACGAACGGGCAGGAAGGAGAACGAAUUUUGUUCGGUAAAUCGAUAAUCGAGAAGUACGAGUGAUAAUAUUUUAUAGGAAAUUUGAGUCGUUCAACUGCUGGUGCGCGCACGUAUACGCAGGCGCGUGCGCGCACGUACAGUCUCGCUCUAUGACGGGCGAAUACAUUACACCAGUGUGCAACAAUCGGGAGAAUAUUUUGGCUUAUUUCGUGACAAGUUUCACGUGGAAAAUUAAAUCGUAGCAGCUUGUUUUCAGAAUAAUUAUGCUUGCAACAAUUGUGAUUGAGUACUAACGAGAGAACCAUGUGUGACAAUGUGAAUAACAAUCCAUUCGCUGGGUUGUUUUCAACUAUCAACGAUGCCGUGUCAUUCUCCUCUCAGAGUCAGGCAAUUAUCAACGAAAGUAACAGAGUUAGUUAUGUUACGCAACUCGACGACCAAAACAUUGACAAUGCUGUGGGGGCGAAACAUUUUCAAAGUUCCAAAGAGUCGAGAAUCGACGAUCAGGUUAAUCGUCUUAUCGGCGAUGUGCUUGGAAUAACAUUGCACAGGUCAGAAGCAAAUGUGCACCAGAAACAGAGAUUGGUUUUCGUCAAUGUCGACACAACCGAGCAAGCAAUUUUUGAACGGUUAAUGUCAUCUGACCUCGAGUCCAAAUUAAUACCAACAGAAGAUUCUCAGCAGAUUUUCACCGAUCCCCAUACAACGGAGAAGCAAGUAAUACCUUAUCUGUUUGAGAGUUAUUGUCGAUUGCAACAGUAUCAAAACGAGUCCCAAUUGUCUGAUGUCCUUUGUAAAAUAAGUCAGGUUAUAUUGCAAAAUGCAAGCGUUGCACUACAGGAGCCAGAAUUGUUUGAAGAGCAAGAGAUUCACAAGCAGUUUGUUACAUUAUGUAUAGAUGAAACUGGGCCCAAGCAAGAAUUUAUACUAUUUGUGAACGGUAUUGUGUCGGAAUUACAAAAUGAAAAUGAAAAGAAAGCUAUAGACGCGAUAGCUGCAUCUUUCAAUCCUAUUCUUGAUAUUAUUUACAAAGAAGCAGCACAAAGUAAUCUCGUUCUUUUCCGUCAAUAUUGGUUUACUAUAUUAAAUCUUUUUUCCUCGAUAGAGCCCUUAGCCAAAUUAGUUAUUGAUCAUAGCACUCCUAGAAACAAUGAAGGCCGAGCAUACGCAGAUACAUUAUUAGGCGCGCUUUUCAGUUUAAGCUGUUUGCCAAAAACAAUAGAAGAGCCGUUCUAUUUUUUUGAGAAACCACUGCAACAGACUUCGGCUACUGUUGAAGGAAAUAUUUGGACAGCCUUAGAUGCAUUAAACGAGUCAUUGCAAAAGGUCUUUCACUUAUUGUUAAAAUGUUCAAAGGAGGUUCGUCGUUUAACUUUACAAUGGAUAGGCAAUUGUCUUCAUUCUAAUGCAGAUAGAGGAAAAAUUUGGAAUGCUCAGAACGAUGUUAGUUUCAGCUCAAUAUUGUGUGUCUCUGAUGGUUUUAUGUUGAAUUUAGGAAAUAUGCUAUUGCGUCUUUGUCAACCAUUUUGCAUUAAACAAAACGAUUCCAAAGUGCCUAAAAUUGAUCCAACGUACUGUGCUGUAGAUAUUAAUGAUCAAGAUGAAUGUGCAAAUCCAAAUAUACAUUUAAAAGGGAUGUCCUCGGAAACUUGUUUGAUACCAAUGUCAGAAGGUGGUGCAAGACCUGUUGCAAAAACAUUUGGAUUUACUACCGAAUGCUUCUUUUUAACUCAUAGAGCGUUAGACCUUGGAUAUAGAGUAGUAUUAGACAAACUUUUAAGAACAAACCAGGAUUUAGUAAGAAUACAAAGAGUGUAUCAAGAUGCACAGAAUGAUGGUAGAUCUGAAGUAUUUGAAAUAAUAACGCAACGCAUGGAAGAAGAAAUGACCAAAUAUUUGUCUCUAAGAGCAAGCCUUCUAGUACCAGAAAUGUUGAAACUCUUAGCAAAAUUUCACGCAACAACAGCGUUUUGGUUGGUACAAGUAUACUUGAAUGAUAUAAAGAUUGGAGAAAAUGCAGAAAACGAUUACAUUCCAAAGGAAUGUAAAGAGGUGACGUUCCCUUUGCCAGAAACUGUUCCAGAUACUCUGAGAUGCAUUCCUGAAUUCGUAGUAGAAAAUACUAUUAGAUUUUUGUAUUUAUUACGCCGUUUAAAUCCAAAUGUUUUUGAAGAACAAGGGCCAUCCUUCCUGACACCAAUGUUAACGGAGAUCAUAGUAUUAAUGGAGUCUCAACAACGUUUAUAUAAUCCUCAUUUACGUGCUCGUUUGGCGGAAGGCUUAGAGGCUCUUUUACCUACAAGCGAUGAAACUAUGAACCCUGUAACACCAAGCUUAGGAACAUUCCAUAGAGAACAAUUAUUUAUUACACAUCCAUAUAGACAAUAUAUUGUUCCGAAUUUACUUAAAGUAUUUGUGAGCAUUGAAAUGACUGGGCAAAGUGUGCAAUUUGAACAAAAGUUUAAUUAUCGGAGACCAAUGUAUGUCGUUAUGGAGUAUUUGUGGAAAUUACCAGAACAUCGUAAUAAUUUCAUUUCUUUGGCAGAAGAAGCAGAAGCCAAUAUGGAAGCAGCUCAACCUCCAUUAUUUUUGCGUUUUAUAAAUCUUUUAAUGAACGAUGCAGUUUUCCUAUUAGACGAGGCACUUUCAAGCAUGGCUCAGUUAAAACAACUGAUUCAAGCAAGGGAGAGUGGUGAAUGGAACAAGUUACCACAACAUGAACAUGAUCAACAGGCUCAUUAUCUCUUACAUCUUGGAAUGAUUGCUCGAUUUGACAACAUAUUGGGCAGGAAAACUAUAUACACAUUAAAAAUGUUAACUACAGAAAUAAAAUCCAUCUUUUGUCAUCCAACAAUGGUGGAUCGUAUUGCUUCGAUGCUUAAUUAUUUGUUGCUCCAAUUGGUUGGGCCAAAUAAAAAAAAUUUGAAGGUUAGUGGUCAGAAAGAAUAUGCGUUCAAUCCAGCAAAUUUAGUACUAAAUAUAUGCGAAAUUUAUAUAAAUCUUAGUCAAAAUGAAUCUUUUACGCUUGCUGUUUCACAAGACGGCCGUUCAUACAGUCCAGAACUUUUCAAGUUGGCUGAUAAUGUUCUUGUUCGUAUUGGUGGCGUGGGUAUAUUAGGCGAUUUAGAUCAAUUUGCAAAAAAUGUCGAGGCAGCUGCAAGUCAUAAAAAGGAGGAAGACGAAAUUUUAAUCGAUGCUCCCGAUGAAUUUCUUGAUCCAAUUAUGUCUACUUUAAUGAUAGAUCCUGUUGUUCUCCCAUCGUCAAGGAUAACUAUAGAUCGCCAAACCAUCGCAAGGCACUUGUUAAGCGAUCAGACCGAUCCAUUUAAUCGAUCUCCUCUUACCAUGGACAUGGUAAAAUCAGAUGUUGAACUUCAGCGUAGGAUACAAGAAUGGAUACAACAAAAAAAGGAGGAGAAAACGAGGAGUUGCAAUUUGAUUACCAAAGAAUGAAACAUAAUCAGUAAAUUACAAAGUAUAAUUUUCACGUCUGAUACUUUUCAAAUGCUUUAAUGAAAAUUUAAUUUUCAUAAUUUCAGGUAAUGAGUGUGAGAAAAUAUGAUCAAUGGCAAUCUCGAUGUUUUACGUUAUUUGAUUUAAAUUUCGUUGUUUCAUAAUUUACAGAGAGAAGUAUAUAUUUUUCUAUAUGAUCCUCGUAGAUAUGUACAGAUACGAAUUAUGUGCUGUAAUUAUCAUCAUCCUGUAAGAUUUUUAAUAUUGCAUUUUAUGCAAAAAAUUGUCUCAUAACAGCGUACGUAACAAUAUAAGCAUAGAGUUAAACGUUGUUGUUAUUAUAUAAUAUUACACGUUAUCAAAUUUCGUUCGUUCAGUUCGAACGCAGCAAAUAUUAUUGACAAAUUUGGAAUAAAGAUAACUUGUCUGUCAUUCGAACAAACUUAUAUAUAUUGUGUAAUAGUAUCAUAUUUUAUUGAUAUACAUCGCGAUUGAUAUAGGUUUGAUUGACGUCAAUUUUUUUAACAGAGUACUAAUAAAAAAUUAGUACUAGUAAAAGUACUUUGAUUCUCUAUUGCUUGGUUGUUAAAAUUUUUCAAGUGUCACAAUAUUUAUAAGCAUUAUAUUGUUUACAGAAUAGUGACAAGUUCAUUAAAAUCAGUAACAUACCACAAUGAUUGUUGUUUGACAUUCUCUCUGAUUACAUUUCCACCGUAUCCUGCAUGAACAAAUCUGCUACUGAAGUAGUUUCUAAAUCCGUCACUCCAUCACCAAUAUGAACAACAGUCUUUAUUCCUUUUUCAUUUUUGAGAUGUUCAAUUACUUUUGCUUUACCACCAUUUGCCGCGGUAGGUUGAUCUUCGUCAAAACCUGCAUAUUCCCCUGCAAUAGAAUUUAAGUCUGUUCGCGAAAACAUUUUCUAAUGGAAUGUCAAGAAAUGCGGCAACCGGUGCAAUUAAAGAACGAAAUCCGCCCGAUAUUAAAAACACCUGCUUUCCACGAGUUUGUAGAGCUGUCGUCAAAGUUUUGAUUCCAGGCGAGAGUUUCAACGGGCGGGAAGCCAGGAAUUGUUUUAUCUGUGUAAAGCUUGGUUUUAUAAUGUUCAACCUUUCCAUCAAGGACUGUCGAAACGUCAGAUCUCCCUGCAUUGCCCGAUUUGUUCUGGCAAGUACGUCGUUUUCUUUUUUACAAAAUUUCGCAAGUUCGUCGAUUCCUUCUUCCUGUAUCACGGUCGAAUCUACGUCGAAAGUGACGGCAUCCACAUUCUUCCAUAUCAAUUGUAAUUUAUCUAGAUUGGCCAUUUAUUCCGUACAACUCGGUAAAUAAUUCACCAGAAUUACAAAGUUUCACCGUCACUACGUAUCAAACUGUAUUAAUAAUCAGAACUUGUCUUUUUCUAAAAGUUGUAAAACAUUAAACAGAAUAUCUACACAUGUGUAACUUAUACGUACACGUGUGUGUGUGUG